CCAUGCCAUGUCCACCAUCUUGGGUACGAAGUUGCCACAAUUGAUAAAGUCGGAAAGAAGGAAAAAACUACCCAAUCUCGCAAAAAAAUAAGUGUUGACUAUUGUAAGAAAAAAUUUUACAUAUCGCAGUACGCGCCAAAAGAAACCCGGCAAGGAAAUUCGCUGAGAAACUACAUUAAAACUACAUUAAAAGGCGCAUUAAAACGCUCGUGUGUCUCUGUCGUUGAGAAGGAGGGAGGUGUGGUUGAAGAGAGGAGAGGAGAGGCGGCGCUGACGCCACGCCACACACUGCACGCCGCACAGCGAGACACACACGCCAAAGAGCAAAUCGAAAAGGGCCCCAGACGCCGCACAACAUAAUGCCCUCGAAGCGCAAGUACCAGAGCAUAUCCAGCGGCAGUCCCGCUGUAAUCAAGGAGGAAAUAGUGCCCGUGCUCAUACAAACGGAGUCGGAGGAUGGCGAAAGUGGCGACGUGCCACACUACACAUAUUCCUACACGACCACCGCGGAGGAGGACGACGCCGAGACGACGGAGGUGAUCACCAUGGACGAUCGCCAGGAGGUGAUUAUCGAUGAGAACGGGCACGCGGUGACGCUGCAGCAGCUAGUGGAGAACAGCACCGUCGAGGAGGUGGAGACCAUCGAGCAGGGCGACGGCACGCACACAAUUCUACGCAUUGUGCCCAGCAUUCGCGGCGGCCACCACGAGGAAGAGGGCGACGGCGACAUUGAGGGCGAGGGCGAUGGUGAGGGUGAGGAAGAUGAGGAGGAGCUGGAGGAGGAGAUCGAGCAGGAUGAGGAGCACGAGGGCGAGGAGACUCUGGGCAUUGAGCACGAGGGCAUCGAGGAGGAGGACGAGGAGGGUGUCGCCUCCAUUGUAUUCGAGGGCACCAUUGACCACAGCCUGGAGGGAGACGUGCGCAACAAGACCUUCUACUGCCCCAACUGUGGCAACUGCUACAGCGCCGCCGGCUCCCUGAAGCUGCAUAUGCGCGCCUGCCUGCGCCAGCGCAACGAGAUCUCGCCCGAGGACCGCAAGUGUACCGUCUGCAGCAAGGUCUUCAACUCGGUGGCCUACCUCAAGGAGCACAUGAUGCGCCACACCGGGGAGCAGCCGUUCCGCUGCACCCGCUGCUAUCGCAAGUUCAUCGAUCAGCAGAAGUUCAACGCGCACAUGGAGUCGCACAAGCAUCAGGACAAGCUGGAGGCCGAGGCCGUCGCCCUGGCCGCCCAGCAUGGCGGCAAGAAGGUCGUGGUGAAGGAAUUCAACUGCUCCUUCUGCAACGAGGACUUCACCGUGGUGUUCGAUGUGGGACAGGUGAAGCGGCGCUACGCCUGCGACAGCUGCCGCAACAAGUACUCGAAUGCGGAGGCCCUGCGCCAGCACAAGCAGCUGGUGGAGGAGAAGCGCGAGUUCACGUGCGAUCGUUGCGGCCGCAAGUUCGUCUUUGAGGGCUUCCUGCAGCGCCAUUUACCCACGUGCGAUGGCAGCAUCAAGCGUCGGCGCGACAUGAAGUAGAGCUGGCAGCAACGUGAUGACAAUUGGCGGCCGACGAACCCUCGGAGGCGGCGGCAGCGGCAGCGGCACCCUCGACAGCAGCUGAGCAACCACAACGAUCAUAACGAUCAGCUGCAGUUCGAGGUGGAUCCACUGAUGGUUUCACCAAUGCAUUACGUUGUUAUCAAACAGGAGGCAGGCAAGAAGUACGACGAUGACAAUGAGGGAGGGGGAGGAUGAGGUCGCGGAUGUGCGGCGAAAGAAAAAUACAAGCAAGAGAAAGAAAAGGAACAGUAGUAGAAGUUAGCAAGCGAAAGGAUGGAGGAACGGACAAGUGGAUGGCUCCAUCACCCACCCGCCCGCCAGCAGGCGGCGACAAUCAAAUCGCUUUUAACUGUGUACAAUUUUCGUUAUAUUCUGAUGUCGUUUUCGUGGCGGGCAGGAGAGUGAUUCAACAGCGAGCAGAGCGAGAAGUCCAAAAAUCUUGAGUUACAUUUACAUAUAUAUUAAAAUAGGUAUAGUGAAAUACAUCUAAUUUUUUUUUGAUUUUAAACAUUUUAUGCCCAAAAAUUAAUUGUUGAAGAAAGAAGUAAAAGAGUUAUGGAAAGGCUUGAGGCGCUCCCAUUUACGUAGGAAUACGAAUAACUUUAAGAAACAGAAGCCACCCUUUUUUGUUUAUCAAAAUGUAAGCUAACAAAAUAGUUCGAUUCCUUGACCAGAGAGACAAAGAUAGCGGGAGAGGAAGAGCGAGAGCGAGGGAGCGGCAGUUCUCGCGCGUAAAUGUAUAGCUUAAUAUUAAUUACCUUAUUAAACAUUACUUUCUAUUAUAACUGUA